CAACAAUUUUAAAUAAUGUCUAAACGUAAGAGUAUUAGUGCUGCAAAUACGUUAUUCAAAUAUUUCGCUAAAAGCCCACCACCUAACAAGAAAGUAAAGCUCGAUGCCGAUUUCGGGUGUUCGCAACACAGUUCUUCUUUGAACGGUGAUAAAAAUGGACAAAACAUAUCUAAGAAACAAAACAAAGAACCAAGUCCCUCAUUGGAGACUCGAAGUGACAGCGAGGAUGAAAUUACUGUUUCUGGAAAAAAAAGUAAACGCUUUAGAUUCUGCCCAGUUUCAGAUGACUCCGAUACCGAGAACAAAGUAGACAACAAAAAAGAAUUGCCAAAAGAGAUAUUGACAGUUGAGAAGAAGUUGCAGGAAAGCUUUAAAUAUACUGCAAGCCAAUCUCCUAAACAAAGCAAAAUACCCGCAAAAGAAACACCAGUCAAGACAUCUCCAACAGAAUCUCAAGAAACCUCAGUAGCUGAUGACGGCAACUGGGUACAUUGCAAACUGGAGUGGCUGAAACCCCACAAAAUACGGGAUGCUCAAGGCAGACGGCCGGACCAUGAAGACUAUGACCCCACCACACUCUACGUACCACAGGAGUUUCUCAAUGCACAAACACCAGCCCAUCGGCAGUGGUGGGAGAUGAAAGGGACCCACUAUGACUGCGUGCUGUUCUUCAAAGUGGGCAAGUUUUAUGAACUGUACCACAUGGACGCCAGCGUUGGAGUCAACGAGCUUGGUUUCUCUUACAUGAAAGGCGAAUUCGCUCAUUCUGGCUUUCCGGAGAGUGCUUAUGCGCGUAUGGCGACUACACUCGUGUCGAAGGGAUACAAAGUAGCCCGUGUCGAGCAGACGGAGACUCCGGAAAUGAUGAAAGACAGGUGUAAGAAAUUGAAUCAAACGUCGAAGUUCAGUAAAGUGGUGCGCCGCGAGAUCUGCCAAGUAACAGUACGCGGCACGCAGGUGUGCGGUCUGCAGGACACUGGACCCGGGGAGCCUGACGCCGCCUACAUGAUAGCCAUUGCUGAGGAGGAAAACCAAGGUUGCAGCACGUACGGCAUCUGCUUCGUCGACGCGUCAAUUGGGCUCUUCCAUCUGGGCCAGUUCCGCGACGACAAACACUCCUCGCGUCUCCUCACAACUCUGGCGCAUUACCCACCGGUUUUGAUAAUCUACGACCGCAAAUCGACCAGCCUCCGUACUUGUAGGCUGCUGUCAAGCCACUGGCAUAGCGCACGGCGCGAAGGUCAAGCCAUGUGGACUCCCGAGAAGACUCUCAAAACUCUUGCCGAGAAGUAUUAUAAGACCAACGAGGACGGCGACUGGCCGGAAGGACUCAAGGAGUUUCUACAUGAAGGUGACGCUCUAGGACUGACACCGGCCGCAAAUUGUAGUCUAGCAGUCAAAGCCUUAGGCGGUUGCGUUUCUUACCUCACAGAUUGCCUUCUUGACAUACAAGUGCUUAGUAUGUCUCAAUUCACAUCACACAGUCCGCCCGAUGGCACGCAAGCCAUCUCAGAACAGGGCAAAACUGUUAACAAGUGGGAAGGGGGCAGUACUAUGGUGCUAGAUGCGAUUACUUUGAGGAAUCUAAGAAUCGUUCAAGACGAAGGUUGCUUGUAUGAUAAGCUCAAUUUCUGCUCCACGAAUAUGGGUAAAAGAUUGCUAUACCAAUGGGUGUGCACUCCAAGCUGCAACUUGGCAGUGAUUAAGGAGCGUCAACUGGCCGUCAAGGCGCUUUUCGAGGACCAGGCGCUGUGCCAGGACGCGAAAAACUUGCUAACCACGCUGCCAGACUUAGAAAGGCUGCUCGCCAAGGUACACACAUUAGGCAAUCAGCAACGCUCACGUGAGCAUCCUGACUCCCGUGCGAUUUUCUACGAAGAAAAGAUCUACUCCAAACGCAAAGUGUUGGAUUUCCUGUCAGUACUGGAUGGGUUCGCCGUUGCACUUAAACUUGUGGCUUUAUUUGCUGACACCGAAUCUGCGUUACUCAAAAGACUGAUGCAGUUGGCUCCAGAUGGCAAGUUUCCAGAUUAUAGAGACACUUUAAACUUCUUCAAGGAGGCGUUCGACAAAGAGCAAGCAGUGAAAGAGGGUCGACUUCUGCCAGGUCAGGGUGUCGACCAGGAAUACGACAACACGCUCAGAGAGAUCCAGGAAAUUGAAGACGAGCUCCGUGAUUAUCUCACACAGCAGGAAAAAUUCUUCCGAUGCAGAGUAACGUACGUGGGGUCGGACAAGAAGCGGUACCAACUGGAAGUGCCUCAAAACGCCGCAGCCAAAGCCGGGUACGAGUACCACUUGGAGGGUGCUCGCAAAGGAUUCAAAAGGUUCUCUACACCUGAAACUAAGGAAUUUCUCGCCCGCAUGAUAGCAGUCGAGGAACAAAAGACCACAGUUCUUAAAGACCUGAGCCGGCGGAUCUUCGAGAAGUUCUCGACGCAUUACAACCAAUGGGAGGCGGUGGUGCAGUGUGUAGCAACCCUUGAUGUGCUGCUAGCAUUCGCCGAGUUCGCGCGACAGCAGAGCGGAGAUGUUUGCUUGCCGGAUGUCACUUUUGAUAUUAAUACAAAGCCAUACAUAAGGAUAAUUGAAGGUCGUCACCCGUGCAUCCCGAUUAUAAACGACUUUAUACCGAACGACACAACCCUGGGCGCAGACGGUGCCAGCCUGCUUCUGCUCACGGGGCCCAACAUGGGUGGCAAGUCCACACUAAUGCGGCAAGUUGGAUUGCUUACCGUGCUCGCGCAUUUGGGCAGUUACGUGCCCGCUCAAGAAUGCAGCGUUAGCCUCGUGGACCGGGUGUUUACGCGCGUGGGCGCUUCGGAUGACAUCCUCUCCGGCCAGUCCACGUUCCUCGUGGAGAUGAACGAAACAUCUGCCAUCGUCAAACACGCGACUGUUCAUUCUUUGGUGCUGCUCGAUGAAUUAGGACGCGGCACAUCGACGUACGACGGCACGGCGAUUGCGUCUGGCGUAUGCGCUGAGCUUGCUUCGCGGGGCUGCCGGGUCCUCUUUUCCACGCACUACCACUCCCUGGUGCACCAUCUCGCCUCGCAUCCCGGCGUCGUACUAGGACACAUGGCCUGUAUGGUGGAAACGGACGAGUCGACACCAGACAACGAAGAUCACAUCCCUGAAGAAACAAUAACAUUCCUCUACAAGCUGUCUCCAGGCGCCUGCCCAAAAUCGUACGGCUUCAACGCCGCGAGACUCGCGGGCAUACCCAAAGACAUCACACGGCGAGCCCAUCGGAUAUCUAAGAAUCUAGAAAAGGAGACCGCGUGUGUUCGCGCUUUUAGGGACCUAAUGAGAAAGGAAACUAAUGCAGGUGAUGUCAGGGAGCUUUUGGCUGCUUUGUGCAUUUAAUUACUUGAAAAUCAGCACUAAGAGAUUGGACGUUUUGACAUAAAUGAUACAAAACGAUAGUCUUAACAAGGGUGUAACUGGAUGUAACAGAUUCACCACAAAUGAGUUUUUUAAUUAAUUUUAGCGCCAUCUGUUUGAUCUAUACCGUACUAUCAACAAUGUUGAUUUCCAUGUCAUUUUGUCGCGCCAUUUUGUGAAACUUCCUAUAGCUGUUGCGAUGAUGGUGCCCCAAGGAGGCUAGUUUUCUUAAAACCAUUGGUCAUUGUAAUUAUAUUGAGACUCUACUGCGAUUUUAUUCCAAUUACGGUAAUAUAUGUUAUUCUGCUAAAAUCUAGUAGCAACGGCAGUUGAGUCUCUGUGAUGGCAUUAAUUAAUUCAAUCCCUAACGAUCAAUGUUUGUCUUUAUUAAAACUCCUAUGGAAAUUACCCGUGGUGCCCUUUCAGGUUCUGCUAUUCAACUAGUUUUGUGGGUGGUACUUCGUUAGAGAGAAUAAGCUUACGUAAUGAAUUUUGAAUUUUCAAAUCAGCAAAUCUAUAAGCUCACAAAUACGAUAUAUAUAUGUAUACAAUACAUUCAUCAGCAGUGUCUAGGGGUCAAGCAAAUUUUUGCUAAUUGUUCCAAAUCAGGUGUUUUAAGUAAUUUUUUUAACACCAUUGGUUUCUUUACCUUGAUCCCUAGUCAUUUUUGAUGUGUAGAAUUAUAAUCUUAUGUUAUUGCUGGGUAUAUAUAU